AUGCCUUCCCGUAGAAGAACACUCCUCAAGGUCAUCAUCCUCGGCGACAGCGGGGUGGGAAAGACCUCAUUGAUGAAUCAAUACGUAAAUAAGAAGUUCAGUAACCAAUACAAGGCUACCAUUGGAGCUGAUUUUUUGACAAAGGAGGUGCAGUUUGAAGAUCGGCUAUUCACUUUACAGAUAUGGGAUACAGCUGGCCAGGAAAGAUUUCAGAGUCUUGGGGUUGCUUUCUACCGUGGUGCUGAUUGCUGUGUGCUUGUUUAUGACGUAAAUGUGAUGAAAUCUUUCGAUAAUCUAAACAACUGGAGGGAAGAAUUCCUGAUUCAGGCUAGUCCAUCAGAUCCAGAGAAUUUUCCAUUUGUUGUUAUUGGAAACAAGGUUGAUGUGGAUGGUGGAAAUAGCAGAGUGGUAUCUGAGAAAAAGGCUCGGGCAUGGUGUGCCUCAAAAGGGAAUAUCCCAUACUUUGAGACGUCUGCCAAGGAAGGCACCAAUGUUGAAGAAGCUUUCCAGGUCAUUGCAAAGAAUGCCCUGAAGAGCGGUGAAGAAGAAGAAAUAUACUUGCCCGACACAAUUGACGUUGGAAGCAGCGGUCAGCAAAGACCAACCGGUUGCGAGUGUUAA